AUGUAUUCCUCCCAAUUUUUAAACAAAAAACAAACAUUUCUUCUAUUUUUAAUUUUUGUUUCUCAAUUAUUUUUUAAUUGUUCUUCAACAAAACGUUCCCGUUCAGACAUUGUUGCUCCAGCAAUUCCUUUUUUGGGAACAGUAACUCCCUGUGUUGACUCUGAUGGAGUACCUAUACAGUGGCAUGUUAGUGUUAAAUGUGUCAAAGGAUGCAAUGAAAUUGCCAAAAAGCGUGGAUAUAGUGAUUUUACUAUAAUUACAAAAACUCCUCAUGGGGCUGGUUUUAUCUUUAAUUUGGUUCCGGGUGUAAAAGAUGAUGGAACUGUUAAAAGAAUAAGGAAAAUAAUUGUGAGAAUUGAAUCUACUAGAGAAUUGGCUGGGCAAAAAAGGGUAAAUUAUUAGUUGAAUUAUUAAGGAUUUUAAUUUAAAAAAGAUAUAAAAAAGAUUUAAAAAAU